CAACAAAGAAGCGGCUUCCUUGACUUGUGCGCUACUUCGUCGUGAUUAACAGUGUACUAGUUUCUGCUUUAGAUUUUUUUGCUCGCUUAUGGUAUUAUUUAUUUAUUUGGAUACAUAAAUAUUGGUACAAGAGGGCACCAAAUAUAUAUGCGCCACACAAAACAACGAGAAUUUGAAGAGAAGGAAAAAAGCAUUUUCCCUUGGGAAUUAUUACUGUAUAUUCUCAUAUAUAUACCCAAAGUGAUAAUUUUUCUUUUCGGUUUAUUAGUAGCAUUCAACAAUAUAGUUGAAGAUAUGGUUUGUAUUCCGUGCAUUGUAAUACCAGUCAUAUUAUGGAUACUACAUCGGCUUUUAUAUCCUGUCAUGUACUACUUUUUUCCAAAAUUAAAGCCCAUUCCAGAGCCGACAGUUGAUGAAUUGGAACAAUUGGAUGAUAUUACAAAAGACGAUGUAACCGAUACUUGUCAGCCAUCAUCACCUUCAAAGUCUAAAUCCGAAUGAUUUCUUUCUUGUUGCAUUCUGUAAAUUGACUUUUGAUCUUACUUGAAUAAUUUAAAGUUCUUUUUAUG